AUGGCUGCUAAGAAGAUCGCUGGUGUAUUGGGAGCCACAGGCUCUGUCGGUCAAAGGUUCAUUCUGCUUUUGGCUGAUCAUCCUGAUUUUGAAUUGCGCGUUUUGGGUGCUUCUCAUAGAUCUGCGGGCAAGAAAUACAUUGAUGCUGUGAACUGGAAACAGACCGAUUUGUUGCCUGAAUUCGCAACUGAUAUCGUGGUUUCUGAGUGUAAAGCCGACCAAUUUUCUGAGUGUGAUAUCGUCUUUUCUGGUCUUGAUGCUGACUAUGCUGGUGCCAUUGAAAAAAAAUUCGUUGAAGCUGGUUUGGCUGUUGUGUCCAAUGCUAAGAACUAUAGAAGAGAGAGCGAUGUUCCACUAGUGGUUCCUAUUGUGAAUCCUGAGCAUUUGGAUUUGAUCUCUGCCAAAAUUGAAAAAUCUGGAAAACGUGGAUUUAUCGUUUGUAUCUCUAACUGUUCAACAGCUGGUUUGGUUGCACCUUUGAAACCAUUGGUUGAAAAAUUUGGUCCUAUUGAUGCAUUGACCACUACUACGUUGCAAGCUAUCUCUGGUGCAGGUUUUUCUCCAGGUGUUCCAGGUAUUGAUAUUUUGGAUAACAUCAUUCCUUACAUUGGCGGUGAAGAAGACAAGAUGGAAUGGGAGACUAAAAAAAUUCUUGGUAAAAUUUCUCAGGACCGUUCUCAAAUUGAUCUCUUGUCUCCAGAAGAGAUCAAGGUCUCUGCUCAAUGUAACAGAGUCGCUGUUUCUGAUGGUCACACCGAAUGUAUCUCUUUGAGAUUCAAGAACAGACCUGCUCCAGCUUUGGAAGAUGUCAAGCAAUGUUUGCGUGAGUACGUCUGUGACGCCUACAAGUUAGGUUGCCACUCUGCUCCAAAGCAGACUAUCCAUUUGCUAGAGCAGAAUGACAGACCACAACCUCGUUUGGACAGGAACAGAGACGCUGGUUACGGUGUCUCUGUCGGUAGAGUCAGAGAAGACCCAGUGCUAGAUUUCAAGAUGGUUGUGCUAUCCCAUAACACCGUUAUUGGUGCUGCUGGUGCCGGUAUCUUGAUCGCAGAAAUACUUUUGGCCAAGAAGUUGAUCUAA